AUGAUCUUGAAGCCGGGCAGAUUCAAGUUCCUCGCCUUCACGGCAGAGGUUUUGCGGUUGUGGUUUGCAGAUCUAAUGGGGUUUUUUGAAAAUCUGGUGGGUUUUCUGGUGACGGUGGUUCAAACGGGAGAAGAUGGUGAAAUGGCGAUGAAUCGCAUGCACUGUCUUGCAUCGAUGUCGGCGAGUUCGUCGACUUCUUCUGACCUUGGGCAGACUGCGAGGUGUAGCCGAUUGAGGCGAUAA